AUGAAAUCUAGGUUGAAAUCUUUCGUUAAUAGUUCCCAUCAAGGCACGAGGCUCUUUUUAACCUAGAAUGGAAGAAGAGUGCAUUGGAACAAGGAAUUCAUCAAGAGCAUGGUGUGAUCUGCAUUCAGAGCUUUUAAUAGAAAUAGCAAACAGCUUAGGACUAUUUGAUCUUCUUGGGUUUCGCGGAGUUUGCAAAGGUUGGCGCGCUGCUUCUUUCUCAGCUUCUGCCACCAUUGAAUCGGCUAGUGGCAUGAAGCCCUGUUUCCUACUUCACAAUGACCACGAUGAGAAGACGGUCCUCUUCAACCCGACCACCAACAAGAAUUACACCAUCAAUAUACCCGAAUUGAAAGAAGCAACUUGCCUUGCAUCAACACAAGGUUGGUUACUUGUGUCCCAAAAGGGUCAUAUUUUCUUCUUCUGCCCUUUCUCUCGCGCGAAAAUUGACCUUCCUCCACUUCAUAAAUCUGAAAUCUCCCCCCGGGCUGCUGUUUUUACAUCUCCUCCUUUGUCAAAUGAUUGUACCACGGCUAUCAUUUAUAAAAACAACGAUCAAAUCUUGGAACUAGAUGUGCUAGAACGCGGAGUUAGCUCGUGGAUUAAAUACGAAUAUGAUCUCAAAGUCAAAAUGAGUAGUUUUGGUGUUGUUAAAGGUGUAACUUUUCAUGAUGGUUGUUUCUAUAUCUUAGAUGAUAAGAACAAGUUAUUGACAUUCACAUUGGAAGAUAAAAGUUUUGAGACGUACACAAUAGUUGAAGGUAAGCAUCCAAAUUUGGAAACCCUGCCCUUUAGGUACAAGGAGAAAUGUUUCACUAAAAGUGAUCUGAAAAAACAGAUGAAUCUUGGUGAUGAUGUUGCUAUUUUUAUUUGUGGUGCCUCUUAUUUUGGAGGUACUUCAGAAAUUUUGAUAAAAAAUGAAAACGUUGAGGCUAGUAUGGAAGGAAUAGAAGGUCAACAUUACAAAGGAGUUUGGAUUCAGCCUAGAUUCUUUCAACUCCCUCCAAAUUAUAGUUGGUCACUUUGAGGUUUUGCUUUAAUACAUCAAUUUCUAGCUAGUACUAGUAUUUCUUUUACUUUGCUUCGUUUCAUUCGCAUUCUUCUUUUCUUCUUUUGGAUGGCUUUUAAACCAAGUCAAGUUGUUUGAAUGUAGUAGAUAGAUAACAGUUGGAUUGUUUACUUCUGAU